GUCUUCAGUAAUAAGGAUAGGAGGUCUAGUGACCUAUUUUAAUCCUUGCAGUUUGUUUCACUGUGGAGGUCCAAUCUCGUCUUGAAUAUACCAACAGAAGGUUCUGAUAUUACGUGUUCUGGUAGAGAAUUCCAGUAAUACACUACUCGGUGCGAGAAACGAAACUCCAGACGUAGACGAUUUGAUCUCGGUUUUUGGACUUUCUUUGAAUGUCCUCUCUAAUGAUCAGCCCUAGACGGGAGGAAAAGAUAGGACAUGUUAUUACCAAGGUCAUCGUUCAGGAUACGAUAUGCCAAUAUUAGAUCACCCCGUAUUCGCCGGUAAGAUAACGGAAAUAAGUUGAGGUGUCUCAGUCUGUCUUCAUAAGAUAGGCCUUUUACCAUUUUUGUCCCGCGGCGUUGGACUCAUUCCAACAUAUCCGCCUCGUAUUUGAAACAAGGACUCGCUGCUUGAAUCCCAAAUGUGGCCGUACGAAAGUUGGGUAUAAUAAUCUAAACAUUUCCCCAUCCAGAUACCGGAAAGAUCUAUGAAUAGACCAUAAUACUCUAUAGCCUUUUGCAGCAGCAGCCUUACAGUGACUGGUUGUUUUGAGAUCAUUACUUAGUAUGACUCCUAAAUCUUUAUAGUUUCUUACUUUGGGCAACACUAGUCCACAUAUUGUGUAGUGAUACGAAUCAUCGUAGUUAUUUAAUUGCAUCACAACACUUUUAUUAGGGUUUUCUUCUAGUGACCACCCAUUCAUCCAUUCCACUAAUGAGUUAAGAUCUUCCUGUAAAACUAUUCUGUCUGACAUACUAUAUAUGGGUCUCCAAAUCUUAAUGUCAUCGGCGAAUAGUAGGACGGAUGACUUAGCUAUAGCUGGUAAUUCAUUUAUAUAAAGUAAAAAGAGAAGAGGACCUAAAAUCGUGCCUUGGGGGACACCGCUUUUUACAUACCCUUCUCUGCCUAAAAAUAUAAUGUUCCAGUUACUUGGAUUACUCUGUGUUUAGAGUUAUUAAUUUGUUACGGUUGGAUGAAAUAUAUUAGAAUCCAGGGCAUCCGUCUUGAUGUGUGUUGUUUACAAUGAUCUUAAAGACAAGUUCCUCUGUAACUUAGACUACCGUAUAUCUCUUAUAGGCUUUAAGCCACUAAUCCUUCACACGAGAUAUUUUGGCGGCAUAAACUUGCAAGUGAACGCCGUCCGUUUCUGUAUACGAACAUUCCAUGGAACUAGGGGAAAUGACACCGUGAGCGUUACUCACUAUUUUUUCAAUGCGGCAGCUCACUUUUUGUGUCAAGUCGCUCUAUUCACAUACACAUCAAUGGCUGUAUUAGAGAUAUGUUUAAUUGAAAGUGCAGCUUGCAACAUAUUCUUUAUCCGUACUGUUUUAAUCCCAAAGUCACUGACUGUAACUUAGUUGACUCAUCCUCCUACCAUUCCUCAACCUUACUCUAGUACCGCAACUGGAUAGACGGUGUCUGUGAUAGCAUAGCGCAUAACUCAAAUUACUGGUCUAGAACACAUUUCCCGUUCCGAAUGUACGGUUUUGUUUCAGGACCAGUCUAACUUAAUCAUACUGAGUGGAAUAGUUGAUGCCCUCAAAUAUUUCACUUGUCUUGAGCACCUCAUCAACCGUAAUGGUUAGCGUCUAAAGAAAGCGCAGUGAGGAUUCAUUUAAGCUUGAUUGGCUUAGGCUACUUGUGGUGCAGUCAACAUAUCCGUCUGUUAUCAAAGGCACGAAUACAGUAUUAUUUCCUUUGCAGUUAAUAAACGGUUUUGGGGAGAAAACAUUCGUCAUUUGCUAGUGUUUGGUCAUAGGUGUCUUCGGAGCACGUUGGGGCUACCAAGUUAAUGUAGCAAGUCGGUAAGGUUGUUAAUCCUUAUCAACUGAGAUGGGUGAGACAUAUAUGUUUGCCUAACCGUUGACUACUUUGGCGUUCAAUAUCAGUUGAUGUAAGAGUAAGUUGAGAGAGAGAGAGAGGCAUAAAUAGACCAAUGUUUAAUUGACCCGAUACUUUAAACAUUCUGACUUUCACUCAGUUCUAGACCUUGUAUCUUAUCGAGGUUUUCACUUAACAGAAUGUUGUACUUCAAAUCAGCCAAAGACCGUAAACAGAGAAGAUUAAUCUCAUAAAAGUCGAAUCCAGUAAAACAGUAUGCAAUAAAUCCGAGUGUACAUAACGUGUUGAAGUUACCUCAACAGUUCUUCGUAUGACUCAGUAAGUUUGGAAAGAAUACCUUGGGUAUGACAAUUCAUAUUUUCAAGUCUGUAAUUACACACCCAAUAUAGGAUGUAGACCCGAUCAGUACUCUCUCUGAGUUUGACAUCCUCCCGUUUUUCAUUGUUUUAAGUUUAUCAUGGUUUAAUUGGUAAGAGCUACAAUAACAGUUGACAAAAUAUUGAAGCUGUGAGCAAGUAGGUUGUUUCUUCAUUUUUUCUAAUCUAGAACAUUAUUGGUCCUCACUGAUGGGAACUAGUCACACAACUGUUUUAGGUAUAGUAACAAGAGUGUUUUUUUGUGUUUCUUAAAGAAACGCACUACGAUCAACACUGUUCAGUGCUUUUGGCUUUUUUCGAAAGAAAUUGGAGUAGACUGUUCUUAAAAACUAAAUUUUGUCUUGUAAUAAUCAUUCAAGUGGUUAACAUUCAUGUCCAAUGAACAAUAUAAUUUCUCUCUUUAACUGUCGUAAUGCAAAUUGUCUGAUUAGAAGUAUAUUUUCUUCAUGACCACUAUUUUGCCUUAAGCAACUUAAAGUCAUUGCUUUUCGUAUUAUGUUCAGUAAUUGUACUCCAUUUUAGAGCUCUUCCCCUUAGUAAAUGUAGUAAUUUUGCGUAGUAGAACGUUGUGUUUGAUUUUAUUCUUUUGAGCAUAAUAUUUUUCGCAGUCCAUUCCAUUUUUCUAUCUUGUUUUCAGUAUAAACUGAGCUCCUCACAAAGAGAUCGCGUGAAAAAGUUCAGUGCUAUUACUCGAAGCUCUGAUAAGGUUGCUAUUGACUGCCUUCAAAUGAGCAACUGGAGACUAGAACAGGCCGUAGAUUACUUCUACAGACAGAAUCCAACUCCUCAAGGACCUACUAUUAAUGAGGCAAAAAUUGACCAUCUCUUCCAGCGUUAUCGUGAUCCUCAGUGUCCUGAUCGCAUACUAGCUACAGGGAUGGAGCUAUUUCUUGUCACAGAUCUUCAUAUUGACCCAGAAAGUUUAAUCACUUUAAUCCUAGCUUGGAAGUUUUCAGCAAAGACCCAAGGAGAAUUUACUCGCGAGGAGUUUUUUCGUGGGUUCAGAGAGUUGGGGUGUGAUUCAAUCAGUUCCCUGCGUAAUAAACUUCCCAGUCUAUUAAGUGAUAUAGAAGACAAACAAAAUUUUCGUUCUUUAUACUUAUUCACAUUUGGCUUUGCUAAUUUGGAUAAACAUGAAAGUAAAUCAUUAGUUCUUCAGUACGCUAUUCCCUACUGGGAAAUUCUUCUACGUGGUCGAUUUUGUCAUUUAUCUCUAUGGUUUAAAUUCCUUCAAGAACAUCAUAAACGUCCAAUUUCUAAAGACACAUGGGAUCUUCUUCUAGACUUUGUUGAAACAAUUUAUCCUGACAUGUCUAAUUAUGAUGAAGAAGGUAUAUAAAGAUUAGUAUAUUUAUUUACGCUUUUUUUCUAAGAUUUAUAUUGAAUACGGAUAUAAAAAAGACCACCUACCAAACCAAAACUACUUUUACUAUCUAAAUAACAAUCAAAACUUUAGUAUUAGGUGGUUAGAUGGAACUAAUCAACAGAGUAUCGUGACCUGGCUUUCGUACAUUAACCAUUAAUACAUCUUCGUUCCAUUGAACACGUAAACACACUGCGCACAGUACAGCAGUCAAGGAACUUUACAAUCUUCUAUCCUAGUAAUAUUCGUAAGUAAGUACGAUCUCAUGUCCUAGGUUUAAUAACUACACUUAUUAUGAUUGUUGUCGAUGCUCGACAAAUGCCUAUACUGAGGUUUGUAUCAAGCAGAGUCCUUAACUCAAUUGACUAAGUGCA